AUGGUCCAGGAUGGCCAGGACACCGGCGGGCGACGACUCAAAAUAAUCCAUGCUGUGCAACUCCUCAGUCUUACCAGGGGGGAUUGGGGGAAGCUCAGGGACUUGUGUUGUGUGCCAUCGUAUCAUUGGACCAAAACGUCAGGUUCGAGGCGGUCGGGUCCUUGGGCGGCCCUCGUCAUCUGGUUGUGUGGGUGA